ACUGCCGAUCGUGUGAUUGAAGGGUUGUUUCUAGUAAGUAGGCCGUGGUGAUUCAAAGUUUGUGCAGGAUUAUUCUAGACCAGUUCAUCUGUUUUAACGUGUUUCGAACGAUACAAUAUAAGGUCCAUAAAAUUUGAGUGACACGUCCUACAAUUCCAGGAUAAUAAAAUCCAGCACCCAUGGCCUCCACAGGAUCUUUACGCAAAACGAGUAACGAACUACUAGCUACUCCACUGGGUAAUCAAGUGAAGCUGCUACCAAAAGUCAUAAAUGGCGGUAUCGCAGGAAUCAUCGGAGUGUCCGUGGUCUUUCCACUGGACUUGGUCAAGACCCGAUUGCAGAAUCAAGUCGUCGGCCCUAAUGGCGAGAAGAUGUACAAAUCCAUGUUCGACUGCUUCAAGAAGACUUAUAGAGCCGAAGGUUACUUUGGCAUGUAUAAAGGAUCUGGAGUCAACAUUUUGUUGAUAACACCAGAGAAAGCGAUCAAAUUAACCGCGAACGAUCUAUUUCGGCAUAAGUUGUCUCCUGGACCUGGACUCCCCUUGCCCUUAGAGCGAGAAAUGCUCGCUGGAGGAAGCGCAGGAGCUUGUCAAAUAGUAAUUACAACACCCAUGGAACUACUUAAAAUUCAAAUGCAAGAUGCUGGCAGAGUGGCUGCGGCGGCUAAAGCUAGUGGGCAAGAAGUACCUAAAAUAUCAGCGUGGUCCCUCACGAGAGAUCUCUUCAAACAGAGAGGUAUCCUGGGUCUCUAUCAAGGCACAGGAGCAACAGCACUGAGAGAUGUUACCUUUUCUGUCAUUUACUUCCCUCUGUUUGCUCGCUUGAACGACUUGGGCCCUAAACGUGAAGAUGGCUCGUCCGUAUUCUGGUGCUCCUUCCUUUCCGGUUGUGUGGCCGGCUCAGCUGCUGCACUUUCGGUUAAUCCAUUCGACGUUGUGAAAACGAGAUUACAAGCUAUCAAAAAAGCACCUGGAGAUCCAACGUACAACGGAGUCCUAGAUUGUAUAAAAAAAACUUUACAGCUCGAAGGACCAACUGCAUUUUUCAAAGGUGGUGCUUGCAGGAUGAUAGUAAUAGCGCCGUUGUUUGGCAUAGCGCAAACUGUCUAUUACCUUGGGGUAGCAGAGUACCUCAUGGGUUUAAAAUAAAGAAUUUUCUAUUCGCUGUGAUUCUUCGAUGUAUCUGUUUAUAAGCCGACAAUAACUCCUCAAGUAUUCUUAGGACUAGCGAAAGUAAUUAUACGUAUAGUAAUAAUUGUAGCACAAAUGGCCAUUGAUGAUAGUAACGAGAUAUUUGAGCAUAAACAAGAGAAAAAAAUUGAUGAAAUGCUACGUUAACGUGCUUCUGAUCAACGAAAUCUUUUUUUAACGUUAAAAUCAUCGCAGAUUUUAGAAGAUAUUUUUUAUAAAUAUUUUCCUUGUGGUCUUUUGUGCUAUUCUGAUGGGUCUAGUUAAUUAUAUAAAAACAACUGAACGACUUAGUAGAAACUCUUUAUCGAUUAGCGAAGAUCUUUUUUUCAUUAGUUUUAAAUUUAGGUGGUCUUCUAAUUACCCACAUGGCAAUAACCUAAUGCGCAUAAAAUAUUCACGGGUCAUAAUUGUAAGUUUUUAUGUUUUGCAAUUUUCACAUUACACCCAAUUGAAAUUGGAUUUAUGGAUCUGUGUCAUUGAAUAGGAAUAAAACUGAGGCACAAUAUUGGAGCAACUUUAUUGACCUUGCUUUGUGUCAAUUAUACUUACGGAGAAUGUAGAGAGUCAGUAUUUGACUUGAUUAGAAUUGCUGAACCUGUUUGGUUUCAGUCUACUUUAUUUAAUUUUUUUAAUGGAACGAUUGAUCUUUUUUAUUACUCAUUCUAUGAAUUUGUAAAUAAUUGAAAGAAUAUUGAAAUGUUUUCACACGAAAAUUUUAUCAUUUGGAAGUCCAGGGCCAUUGACCAAUAGUUAUAAACGAAGGCACCAAAUGUGAUUUACUAUUUCAUUUACGAUUUCUUUCUAAAUUUUAUUAAUCUUACGAUACUUUAAUAUAACAAAUGUACAGCACUUCAACCGCCGGUGAAUUGAACGAAAUGUUCUCAAUGUUGGAAAGUUAUGUGAAAUAAAGUUAGAGAUUGACAGAUGUGUAAAACGUCCAUGUGUGAAUAAAGAGUAAAAAAUAGUCAAAUUCCUUUUCAAAAAAAUUGCCGUAAAUAAGAGAAAUAAUAUUUGAAAAAUUUAACAAAAGAAGAAAUAGAAAAAAAAACAGUGUUUUGUGAUAAGUUUGAGAUGGAGCAUAUCUUUGUUAGCCUUGUAGUAUAUAUUUUUUUUUAUUACAAGAAUUUUAUCGUUUUUUUAAACUAAAUGUUUUUAAUAAAAUUUGUACAGCCACUAUUCGAGAUUAGUGGAGUAAAUACGUAUGGAUAAGGCGAUAGCAUUGUACAAGAAUCGAUAAUUGUAAGGAUUUUAACCUUCUCGCAACUUUUAGUUCGUUGUUUUUGUUUCCUUUCAAAGAUUUAUUCGCUUAUCUCUUGAGGUGAAAUUUAUGUGAUGCAACUUAUCGAUGUACGUACAAUUAUGUACUGCGCACGAAAUAUGAGAUGGCUGCAAUUUCCUUCUGGGGAAUAAUAAUAUAUUUUGUCAAUGGCCAUGUGCACUAUUUAAUACUACAAUUACUUUUUCUAACUUAUUUGAAUAGAUUCUAUGUCUUCUAAGAGUGAUGAGUUUCCCUCACAUGAACUAUCACUUAGCUACGAAAUUCAGACGCAUUAAAUUCACUGCCCUCUGAUCUUACCUCAAAUUCAACCACAUAAGAGAUCUUAUUGCAAAUUGAAUAUAUCAGCGUAAAAAAACUCAGGGUGAUAAUCAGCUGCCAGUACAUUAUUGCCAUAGUGAUCGAUUCGAAUUUUCGAUUAGAUGAAUUUCGAAAUGAAUGUACGUCCGAACAUGUAUCCUAAUUAGUCCACAAUAAUCAAAUUUUGAUUUUCCCUGAGCAGUCAAUUCUGUGAGAAAAAUUAAUCAAACAAAUUAGGUAAAUGACUUUCAUUGUGAAGUAUUGUUAUAUUAGAUUUAUUAUUAAUUGAUCUACGUAACAGUGUUGAUUAUUUGUUAAAAUGUGUAUGAUAAAAAAAACAAUGUUAAUAAAAAUACACGUCUCAGAUGUAUUAGAAGUAUCA